AUGGGCGAAAAGAACGAGACUCAGGUCCAUGAUGAAGUGGAAGAUCAUGGCGAACUUCGAACUGCCAUUGUCCAUGGCAACGAGGCCUUUGCCGAGGCCAUGAUCAAGGAGCCACCCAAUGCUUACACCAAGGCUCAGUUUUUCAUCUACUUCUUCUCCCUUAUUGCCUUCUUCUGCAGUACCAUGAACGGUUACGAUGGUUCCCUCAUCAACAACCUCCUACAGAACCCCUGGUUCAAGGCAAAGUACCAUGUCGAAAACGACGGUAUCUGGGCUGGUAUCGUCUCCUCCAUGUACCAGAUUGGUGGUGUCGCCGCGCUUCCCUUUGUCGGCCCUACCAUUGAUGGCUUUGGUCGUCGAAUUGGCAUGCUAUCUGGUGCCACUCUCAUCAUUGUCGGUACCAUUAUCCAGGGUGUUGGCAACCAGCAGGGCCAGUUCAUGGGCGGACGAUUCCUGCUUGGAUUCGGUGUCUCUCUCGCUGCUGCUGCUGGCCCCAUGUACGUGGUUGAGAUUAACCACCCUGCGUACCGUGGUCGUGUUGGCGCCAUGUACAACACCCUCUGGUUCUCCGGUGCCAUUCUUGCUGCCGGUGCUGCUCGAGGCGGACUCAACACUGGAGGUGACUUCUCCUGGCGACUCAUCAUCUGGCUUCAGGCCCUCUUCUCUGGUCUCAUCAUCAUCUUCUGCAUGUUCCUGCCCGAAUCUCCUCGAUGGCUCUACGUUCACAACAAGAAGGAACAGGCCAAGGCCAUCCUCACAAAAUACCACGGCAACGGCAAUCCCGACUCUGCCUGGGUCACCCUUCAGCUCUUUGAGUACGAGCAGCUCCUCAACAUGGACGGUGCUGACAAGCGCUGGUGGGAUUACCGGGCUCUUUUCCGCAGCCGCGCCGCCAACUACCGUCUCGGCUGCAACCUUGUUGUCACCAUCUUCGGUCAGUGGGCUGGCAACGCCGUCUUAUCCUACUUCCUUGGCUCUGUCCUCGAUGCUGCCGGCUACACAAGCACCAUUGCCCAAGCCAACAUCACCCUCAUCAACAACUGCCAGCAGUUUGCAUGGGCCAUCCUGGGUGCUUUCCUGGUAGACAAGGUCGGCCGUCGACCUCUGUUGAUCUUCUCCUUCACUGCCUGUACGAUCGUCUGGCUGGGUAUGACCAUUGCUUCAGCCAGGCUCGCGGCAUCUCAGGAAGGCGUCGACUCUAGCGGCAAUCCCAUCUUCACCAACCCUGCUGCAUCCAAGGCUUCUUUGGCUAUGAUCUUCAUCUUUGGCGCCGUCUACUCCGUUGGAAUCACUCCCCUGCAGGCUUUGUUCCCCGUCGAGGUGCUCUCCUUUGAGCAGCGCGCCAAGGGCAUGGCUUUUUCCAGCUUUGCCACCAACGCUGCUGGUCUCCUGAACCAGUUCGCUUGGCCAGUCUCCAUGAAGAAUAUUGGCUGGAAGACGUACAUUGUCUUUACCAUUCAAGAUGCCGUUCAAGCCGUCGUCAUCUACUUUUUGAUCCCCGAGACCAAGGGACGCACUUUGGAAGAGCUCGACGAAAUCUUUGAGGCCCCCAACCCCGUCAAAGCAUCGACGACGAAGAAGGCCGUUGCUGUUGACGACCACGGUGGCAUCGUUAAUAUCGAGAAGGUCUAA